AUGGCCGGCAGCCCGGGCUGCGGGCCCUCCUUGGAGGGUAUAUCCCUGGGCUCCUCUGAGGAAGCCGAGCUCCGGAGGGAAGCCAUGCAGCAAGUCCUGGACAACCUGGGAUCCCUCCCCAAUGCCACAGGGGCAGCCGAACUGGACCUGAUCUUCCUUCGAGGCAUUAUGGAAAGUCCUAUAGUGAGAUCCCUGGCCAAGGCCCAUGAGCGGCUGGAGGAGACGAAGCUGGAGGCCGUGCGGGACAAUAACCUGGAACUGGUGCAGGAGAUCCUGCGGGACCUGGCGCAGCUGGCCGAGCAGAGCAGCACGGCGGCUGAGCUGGCCCGCAUCCUCCAGGAGCCCCACUUCCAGUCCCUCCUGGAGACGCACGACUCUGUGGCCUCAAAGACCUAUGAGACACCCCCCCCCAGCCCCGGCCUGGACCCCACGUUCAGCAACCAGCCCGUGCCUCCUGAUGCGGUACGCAUGGUGGGCAUCCGCAAGACGGCUGGAGAGCAUCUGGGCGUGACAUUCCGCGUGGAGGGUGGCGAGUUGGUGAUCGCACGCAUUCUGCACGGGGGCAUGGUGGCUCAGCAAGGCUUACUCCAUGUGGGCGACAUCAUCAAGGAGGUGAACGGGCAGCCGGUGGGCAGCGACCCCCGCGCGCUGCAGGAGCUCCUGCGCAACGCCAGCGGCAGCGUUAUCCUCAAGAUCCUGCCCAGCUACCAGGAGCCCCAUCUGCCCCGCCAGGUAUUUGUGAAAUGCCACUUUGACUAUGACCCAGCCAGAGACAGCCUUAUCCCCUGCAAGGAAGCCGGCCUGCGCUUCAAUGCUGGGGACCUGCUUCAGAUUGUAAACCAGGACGACGCCAACUGGUGGCAGGCGUGCCACGUAGAAGGGGGCAGCGCUGGGCUCAUCCCCAGUCAGCUACUGGAGGAGAAGCGGAAAGCCUUUGUCAAGCGGGACCUGGAGCUGACACCCACCUCAGGGACCCUUUGCGGCAGCAUUUCAGGAAAGAAAAAGAAGCGAAUGAUGUAUUUGACCACCAAGAAUGCAGAGUUUGACCGCCACGAGUUGCUCAUUUAUGAGGAGGUGGCCCGCAUGCCCCCCUUCCGCCGGAAAACCCUGGUGCUGAUCGGGGCUCAGGGUGUGGGCCGGCGCAGCCUGAAGAACAAACUCAUCAUGUGGGCUCCGGAUCGCUACGGCACCACAGUGCCCUACACGUCCCGGAGGCCCAAGGACUCAGAACGGGAAGGCCAGGGUUACAGCUUUGUGUCCCGUGCGGAGAUGGAGGCUGACAUCCGUGCUGGGCGAUACCUGGAGCAUGGUGAAUACGAGGGCAACCUGUAUGGCACACGUAUCGACUCCAUCCGGGGUGUGGUCGCUGCCGGCCGGGUGUGUGUGCUGGAUGUCAACCCCCAGGCAGUGAAGGUCCUGAGAACAGCUGAGUUUGUCCCUUAUGUGGUGUUCAUUGAGGCCCCUGACUUUGAGACCCUGCGAGCCAUGAACCGGACGGCACUGGAGAGCGGAGUGUCCACCAAGCAGCUCACGGAGGCGGACCUGAGACGGACAGUGGAGGAGAGCAGCCGCAUCCAGAGGGGCUACGGGCAUUACUUCGACCUCAGUCUGGUCAAUAGUAACCUGGAGAGGACCUUCCGCGAACUCCAGGCCGCCUUGGAGAAGCUGCGCACGGAGCCCCAGUGGGUGCCCGUCAGCUGGGUGUACUGAGCCUGUUCUCCUGGGCCUCGGCCCUCUGGGUUGUGACCCAGAACCCUGAAUCCGUCCCCUUCCCAACCGUGAGCCCCAGCCGUGAUCCUCAGCUCCCGUUCCCGGCGCUCUGGCUCUCCCUGCAUCAUGGCCCUAAGUCUGGCUCCAGCGCAGGAGAUGUGCACUGCCAGGGUGUUCGUGGGGCACCUCUGUGCCCAGGUGCUACCCACUCCCGACGUUCAUUGGCCACCAGAUGUCCCUUGCUGAGGGCCAAGCCGUGCCCCAGAGUGUCGGAGUUGCCUCCAUAAUGCUCAGUCCAGAGAAGAGAAAAGCUGCUUUGGGACCACGUGGCCAGUAGGUACACUGUCCCCACCCCUCUCGCCAGUCAGCUUUUCUCCUCUGGACUGGCCCCCCUGACCCCGCUCCUGGGCUGCUCCUAUUUCUCGCCCCUGCACCCUAGGGGCAGGCCUUAGGCUGGUUCCCUGUGGCCCGGGGGGUACGUGUCCCCCUGGCAGCUAGGCAAGCCCAGGCGGUGGUGCCAGCCUGGUGCCAUCGCGAAGGCUGGAGGAGCCGAAGCACCAGCCAGUUGCCGCAGCCAGGGAGCAGCGCAGUUCUCUGCCCCCUCGGAACGGGGCUGGCUCCCUGUCCUUCCCUCAUGCACAGCUUUUCACUGCCGAAGUCUCUGCACAGACUUCUCCAAUGUGCCCCUGACAGGCCAGCUCUGCUCCCCGCAGGGCAAGGGCGCCAGGGGGCUGCGGGCUCAGCCCAGGCAGGGGUGGGCCGGAGGCCGAGCCCUGUGACGAGGAGCCUGACGGGAGAGCUCCCAGCCCCCUGUGGCCCGUGGUGGGGAUGCGUCUGGGCUCCCUGUCCGUGGUCAUUGUCCAUUUUGGUCUCUGUGGCUGGGUCCAGGUGCCCACUCCCAUGAGGGCGGCCUGGGGGCUGAGGAAAGGGGAGGGCUGGGCCACGGGGCAUGGCCUUGGAGGACGUUUGCGCCCCAGCCGACGCCCCGCGCAACUCCAGGGGGCGCCAUCCAUACUGUAGUCUCCGCGGCUUACGGUUCCGCAGGCUGCGGUGCCUGGUCUGUGUUUCUGCCACUGGUGUG